CCGCGUUAUCUGGCAUUCGUUGUCAGUCGAGUUGCGAGAAUCUGCUAGUGUCUGCACAGCGGUCUAACCACCAGUCAACGUCGUUCAUUCUUCCCCUUGGAUCUCUCUUGAAAUCAUCGGAUCCCAUCUUCUCGACUCUCUUUGCCGUUGCAGUCGACGCUAACAUGCUGAAGAAGAAAGUUUCAGAAUGCUCGAGUUGCGUGGGUCCCGGCUACAGGUCGCCGAAAGCCGCGAUGCUCGAAGGUCCCCGCGAAAAGCUGAUAUAUGUUGUCUGCAUUCACACGGAUCCAAAUAAACCGGACGUUCUCUCCACCGUCGACGUAGAUCCUGAAAGCAACAAUUACUGUCAGAUUAUCCAUAAACUACGGAUGCCCCACGUCGGCGAUGAACUGCAUCACUCCGGUUGGAACAUCUGCAGCAGCUGUUACGAUAAACCGCGUAAACGAGAUACUUUAGUGCUGCCUGGUUUCGUGUCCGAUCGCGUUUACUUUAUCGACACGAGCAACGAACGGGCUCCAUCUAUCAAGAAGGUACUGGAACCGAGCGAAGUGCAUCGACACGGAGUGUCGACUUUGCACACCACCCACUGUGCGCCAACUGGAGAAAUUAUGAUUUCCACGAUGGGCAAACUAAACGGCGAUGGCCAAGGAGACUUUCUUUGCAUCGACUCCGAAACGUUCGAGGUGAAAGGCACCUGGACUCGCGGGGAUAAGAAAGCAGGCUUUGGUUACGAUUUUUGGUACCAACCGCAUCACGAUGUCCUAGUCGCAUCCGAAUGGGGCGCACCUAGGGUCUUCAAAAAGGGCUACAUCGAGACCGACAGAUCCGAUCCUGCAAUCUACGGCAGAAGCUUAAACUUUUAUUCCUGGAGCGAACGAAAAUUGAAACAGGUGAUUAAUCUUGGCAAGGAUGGAAUAGCACCUCUCGAAAUUCGAUUCCUACACGAUCCAAAGGCCACCGUUGGUUUCGUCGGAUGCGCAGUCACUUCGAAUAUUUACAAAUUUGAUAAAACACCGGAUUCAAAGUGGUAUGCCAAAUCGGUUAUUCGAAUCCCUCCUAAACAAGUGGAAGGUUGGGCUGGUUCGUGGAUGACAGGAAUGAUAACGGAUAUCCUGAUCAGCCUUGACGACAAAUACUUAUACCUUUCCAACUGGCUUCACGGAGAUAUCAGACAAUACGAUAUUACCGACACGGACAAUCCAAAGCUAACUGGUCAAGUAUUUCUCGGUGGAUCGAUCGUCAACGACUCGAAUGUCCGCGUAAUUCAAGACGAAGAGUUGACUGCUCAGCCGGAUCCUGUUUAUGUUAAAGGUCGUCGACUUUUCGGAUCUCCGCAGAUGCUUCAGUUAAGCCUCGACGGGACACGCUUAUACGUGACCACGUCGAUUUUCAAGCCAUGGGAUAAACAAUUUUAUCCCGAACACGUCAAGAACGGUUCGACCAUGCUCAAAUUGGACGUUGACGUUCAAAACGGUGGAAUGAAACUUGACGAACAGUUUCUGAUCGAUUUUGGCGCGGACAAAAACGACAUUCUACUUGCCCACGAAAUGCGCUAUCCAGGAGGCGAUUGUACGUCGGACAUAUGGUUACCGGAAACUGCUUGAGUCCGUCAGUCGAGUAUUCGUUGAUAAAAUUUUCAACGCACAUUUCUUCUAUUUUCUAUAUUACAAUAAACUUUGUUUUCUCUAUUA